CAGACUUGAUCGGUGACACUCUUCUGCACACGCGUCUCUUCCAGCAUUUUCACCUCCAUUUCUCGUCCGUAGCAAUGGCACGGGGCGGCCAGAAUGAGGCGUCGACGCCACGACCUCCUCCCAGCCUGAAGAAGAGCACGAGUACUGCCUCCAGCACGGGAAAGGCUAAGCAGCAGAGCAUUGCCGGCUUCUUCCAAAAGCGUACCGGACCAGCUCCGCCAGCCAGCACUCCAGCGAAGCGCGCGGCAGACUUGAACGCGCCCACGCCGGUGGGAGCAUCAAGCUCGAUUGGCGCCGGAUCGAGCCCUCGCACACUGCCCGGAGCAUCGCAGAGCUCGGCCAUCAAUGGCUCUGGCAAGGAGAAUGAAUCACCAGCAACCCUCUACUCCAGCCCUUCACGCAGGGCAAAGAAACAGGUCAGCUAUGCCGAGUCCGAAGACGAAGACGAUGCACCUUUCAGGCCUCUGUCAGGCAAUGGCCGUGCUAGCAAACGUCGACGUAUCAGUGCCAAAUUGGACGAUUCUGAGGAUGAAUUUGGGCUUGAUCUCGCAACGCAAACGGCAAUGCUUCAAAGUGACGAUGAGAUGGACGACUUUGUCGUUGACGACGACCUGGAUGAUAAUGUCAAGCUACCAAAGGCGCGAAAGAAGACAGUUGCCAAGUCGUCCACGCAUACACCUGCCGGUAGUGCAUCCAGGAAUGUGUCGCCACCACCUUUGCCAGUGGAGGAGAGUGAGGAGAUUCCUACUACGUCUACUGCAACACAGUGGACCCAUGACCCAGAUGCUCCACGACCGACUGAGCCCCGCAAGCUGCCUCCCAUGAAGAAGUCAACAGCAGGAGCGGCCAGAAAGCAGAAGGCGCAUGUCACUGAACCGUCUGAUCGCUAUCCAUGGCUAGCAGAGAUACACGACGCGGACAGGAAUCCGCCAGAUCAUCCAGAUUAUGAUCCGCGCACAAUCUACAUCCCACCCAUGGCUUGGAACAAGUUCUCGGCCUUUGAGAAGCAGUACUGGGAAAUCAAGCAGAAGUUUUGGGACACCAUCGUAUUCUUCAAAAAGGGCAAGUUCUACGAGCUGUACGAAAACGAUGCCACCAUCGGACAUCAGCUUUUUGAUCUGAAGCUCACAGACCGAGUCAACAUGCGCAUGGUGGGCGUGCCGGAGGCUAGUCUGGAUCAUUGGGCAAAUCAGUUUGUGGCAAAGGGCUUCAAGAUUGCUCGGGUCGACCAAAUGGAAAGCAAACUCGGCAAAGAUAUGCGGGAACGUAGUGAUGACAACAAGAAAGCAAAGAAGGAAGAGAAAAUCAUUCGCAGGGAGUUGGCAUCUGUGCUGACCGCAGGAACACUUGUCGAGGGUAGCAUGCUCACAGAUGAUCUCGCCACAUACUGUGCUGCCAUCAAGGAAUCAGAGGUCGACGGCAAGCCCAACUUUGGCAUUGCAUUCGUCGACACGGCGACUGCCCAGUUCCAGUUGGCCGAGUGGGUCGACGAUGUUGACAUGACGCGUUUUGAGACAUUCGUUGCUCAGAUACGACCUGGUGAACUCCUUCUUGAGAAGGGCUGCAUUUCGGCCAAGGCCAUGAGGAUUCUGAAGAACAAUACCUCCCCGACGGCCAUCUGGAAUUAUCUGAAGCCUGACAAGGAGUUUUUGACAGCUGACAAGACUCGCAUGAAGAUCAAUGGUGAAGCGUACUUCGAGACGUCGGACGAGGAUGAGUCUGCUGAUAACUGGCCGAAAGUGCUGAGCGAGGCCAAGGACAAGGAUCUCGUCUUCUCUGCACUCGGUGCUCUUACAUGGUAUUUGAGCCUGCUCAAGAUUGAGCGCGACCUGAUCACAUGUGGCAACUUUUCCUGGUACGAUCCGAUCCGCAAGGCAUCGAGUCUAGUACUCGAUGGUCAGAGUCUGAUCAAUCUGGAGAUUUUUGCCAAUACUUUCGAUGGCAGCACAGAGGGCACGCUGUUCACAAUGCUCAAUCGAUGCAUCACACCUUUCGGCAAGCGAAUGUUGCGGCAAUGGGUGUGCCAUCCGCUCGCGGACGCAAGAAAGAUCAACCAACGCCUCGAUGCUGUCGAUGCCCUCAACGCAGAUGGAACUGUCAUGGACCGUUUCACAUCUUCCCUGUCCAAACUGCCUGAUCUUGAGCGACUCAUCUCCCGUGUGCAUGCUGGACGUUGCAAGCCUCAAGACUUUGUCAAAGUGCUUCAAGGCUUCGAGCAAAUCGAAUACACUAUGUCGUUACUGAGAAAGUUCGGGGAGGGAGAGGGUCUUCUUGGGCAGCUCAUCUCGGCGAUGCCGGACCUGGCUGGUGCUCUGAAGCACUGGGCAGAGGCAUUUGAUCGCAAGCAGGCAACGGACGACGGACUUUUUAUUCCACAACCCGGAGUCGAGGAAGAUUUCGAUGAAAGCCAACAACGCAUCGACGAUGUCAUUCAGCGACUCAAUCAGCUUCUCAAGAAGGCACGCAAGGAUCUCGACUCGCAGGCCAUCAAAUUCACUGACAAUGGGAAAGAGAUUUACCAGCUGGAAAUACCGAUCAAGGUCAAAGGCAACAUCCCAAAGAACUGGAAGCAGAUGUCAGCUACAAAGCAAUGCAAGCGAUGGUAUUCACCUGAGCUGGAGUCUCUUGUGCAGGACCUCAAGGAAGCCCAGGAGAUGCACGCUCAAGUCGUCAAGGCUCUGGCUGGGCGCUUCUUUGCUCGUUUCGAUGAAGACUACGCCACCUGGCUGGCUGCUACCAAGAUCAUUGCUCAGCUCGACUGCCUGAUUUCGCUCGCGAGGGCCUCAUCUUCCCUGGGCUCCCCAUCAUGCAGACCAGAGUUCAUCGAUGACGAGAAUGCUCGGAGCGUCCUUGACUUUCAGAUCCUGCGCCACCCAUGCAUCGAAACCACCACCAACUUCAUUCCCAACACCAUCUCUCUAGGUGGCGACCAGGCCUCUAUCACCCUGCUCACCGGCGCCAAUGCAGCUGGCAAGUCAACCAUCCUGCGCAUGACCUGCGUAGCGGUCAUAUUGGCACAGAUAGGCUGUUAUGUACCCUGCGAGUCAGCUCGCCUGACACCAGUCGAUCGCAUCAUGUCUCGUCUCGGAGCCCACGACAACAUCUUCGCCGGACAAAGCACCUUUAUGGUCGAGCUCAGCGAAACCAAGAAGAUCCUCGCCGAAGCCACGCCUCGAUCUCUCGUCAUCCUGGACGAGCUCGGCCGUGGCACCAGCAGCUACGAUGGCGUAGCAGUCGCUCAAGCAGUGCUCCAUCACGUUGCCACGCACGUCGGCUCCCUGGGUUACUUUGCCACACACUACCACUCUCUCGCGGCCGAAUUUCAGCAGCAUCCCGAAGUGGUGGCGAAGCGCAUGGCGGUGAAAGUAGACGACGACGUGCGCGAUGUGACGUUCCUGUACGAGCUCGAGAACGGCGUUGCCGAGGGGAGCUAUGGAAUGCAUUGUGCUGCCAUGUGUGGUAUUCCGAAGAAGGUGAUUGAUCGUGCCGAGGUGGCUGCGCAGAGCUGGGAGCAUACUGGCCGAAUCAAGGAGAGCCUCGAGAAGGCCCAAGGAAGCGACUGGAUGCCGUUGGGUAUGCUGAGUGAUGUCAGCUGGAUGCUCAGAGACUCAAAUGAGGAUGAGGAAAAUGUGGUCAACGAGAGGAGCUUGGAGGUAUUGAGGAAGGCAAUUGCUGCGUUGUGAGUAAAUCCAAGUCUCGCAUGCCGGCGUAUUCGUUGCGACGUUGCUGGACCAUGCAUUAUUUGUUUCGAGUGGGAUGUACAAUACGCAGGACUGGGUGGAGUUUGUAGGUAAAGCUUUAUUCGCUCUUAUGGCUCGGAUGACUCGAGUUCUAUGAUGUACAAAUUUAAUAGUACAACAUCAGACUGCUGAGUCUGUUCAGGUAUCGAUUUUAUUGCAGAGUACUUCUGAAACUUUUGUGCGUGUGCAUCAUGAUCAUGACCAUGGCUUACCGCUGUCCACUCAAUCUCCUUUGCUGAACCUCUGUUAAUGCUUGUGAUCCACUGAUAUAAGCCACGACACCCAGAACAGCCGCAGCGCUCAGCGUCGGACCCAGUUUCCAGGAGCUAUAGUACAGGAAGAAGACUCCCUCCAAGCCAAACACACUUCCCAGAAAGAGCCCAUGGGCUACGGGUGCGGUGCUGAAUGCCUUGGUAGCAUGACUGACGUUACCACCGAGAGCCAACCACGCCCCCAGCAGGGCGGGCAGUGUUGCAAGGAUCGCGAGGGUGAAGAACAGCGAUAUUACAGUAGGAGGCGACUUGGGCUCGCUCUUGAAAAUGUGGUGGAUUUCGGGCUUCGCAGUGUACCGCUCAGGCGCUGGUGAGCUUGCCGAUAUCGAAGGGUCAGGUUGGAUGGUGAGGCGGAAGGCUUCGCUACUGUAUGGCGCAGAGGAGCCGAAGGAGGCGAUCGUAAUCGUGGCCCGGACAGGUGAUGAGGACGAGAGGAAUUGGUGAGGGAUAUCUUUCGCGGAAAUAUCCAAUUUGGCCUUGCCAGUGUCCUUCACGCUGAAUGCAAAUGACUCCUCCAAGCCGGUGCUCUCCUCGUGCAGCGUGAGAAAGGCCUGGUGUGGUCUCUUGCCGCUCUUCGUCUCCUGCGUCGUGAGGAGGACCUUGAGUGCGGCGCCAGCAGGCACCACGACGGGGGCUUUGAUCGGAGCAUUGGGCGCGAAUUUUUGCUUGACAGCUUCAGAACCUUUGGACGAUACCGACAACGUCGCCUCGUUGAAGGACCACGACCCGGCUGCCGAUGCCGCGGUAGAGAAUGCGCACACGAUGCAGCCGAGUGUAUGUAGCAGCUUCAUGGUGGAUGGUGUCGAUGUUGUGGAAGAG